UUACUUGAGCAAAUUUUUUCCCCCUUGUAUGCAUGGAAUAAUGGCUCAUUCCGUAAAAGACUGGAUUCCUAACGUAGCGCACGAGAGGGACGGCAAUCUCAUUCUCAAUCACCGGAAAAGAGAACUUUGAGUUAAGAAGCAAUGGCGCUUCCCAACCGGCAGCAGGUUGAUUACACGAGGUUCCAUCUCUUAAUCGAUGGGGAUGCUCGCACUGGAAAGACUACUUUUGUCAAUCGACAUCUGACGGGGGAGUUUGAGCAGAGAUAUGAGCGUACGCCAACCAGUGCUCUUCAGGUCCAUCCCUUGGAUUUUCACACCAACUGUGGGAAGAUCCGUUUCUAUUGCUGGGAUACUCCUGGGAUGCCGUGGCAAAUAGAUAGAUUUUACCAAUUCAUUGACUGUGCUAUCAUUAUGUUUAGUGUCACCACCAGACGUACCUACGAACAUGUUCAAACUUGGCAUGAAAUGCUUGUCAAGUUUCGCAGGAACAUUCCUAUUGUUCUUUGUGGAAACAAGGUUGAUAUCGAGAACAGGCGGGUCCAGACCAACAUGGUUACAAUUCACAGGGAGAGAAAUCUUCAGUAUUACGAAAUCUCUUCAAAGAGCAAUUACAAUCUUGAGAAUCCAUUUUUAUAUCUAGCAAGACAACUUGCAGGGGAUCAAAACCUUCACUUUGUUGCGCCCCCUGCUCUUGCUCCUCCAGAUGUUCAAAUUGACCUCGCUCAACAGCAACUGCACGAACAGGAGCUUGCUGCUGCAGCUGCCCAGCCCCUUCCCGAUGAUGAUGACGAGUUUCUUGAUUUAGAGGAAUGUAGGCACCUACGAAGUCUCAUUGAGGAGUUGAUCCAAGCGGGGAAGCUAAAGGAGUUUGUGCCCGGAACGCCUUGUGUGUUAAGGAGAUCAAUUCAUUCUGAAGCGCUUCCCAACCAGCAGCAGGUUGAUUACCCGAGCUUCAAGCUCGUAAUCGUUGGGGAUGGUGGCACUGGAAAGACUACUUUUGUCAAGCGACAUCUGACGGGGGAGUUUGAGAAGAAAUAUGAGCCAACCAUUGGCGUUGAGGUCCAUCCCUUGGAUUUUCACACCAACUGUGGGAAGAUCCGUUUCUAUUGCUGGGAUACGGCUGGGCAGGAAAAGUUUGGAGGGCUAAGAGAUGGAUAUUACAUCCACGGACAGUGUGCUAUCAUUAUGUUUGAUGUCACCGCCAGACUUACCUACAAAAAUGUUCCAACUUGGCAUAGAGAUCUCUGCAGGGUUUGCGAGAACAUUCCUAUUGUCCUUUGUGGAAACAAGGUUGAUGUCAAGAACAGGCAGGUCAAGGCCAAAAUGGUUACAUUUCACAGGAAGAAAAAUCUUCAGUAUUACGAAAUCUCUGCAAAGAGCAAUUACAAUUUUGAGAAGCCAUUUUUAUAUCUAGCAAGAAAACUUGCAGGGGAUCAAAACCUUCACUUUGUUGAGUCUCCUGCUCUUGCUCCUCCAGAAGUUCAAAUUGACCUCGCUCAACAGCAACUGCACGAACAGGAGCUUGCUACUGCAGCUGCCCAGCCCCUUCCCGAUGAUGAUGAUGAGUCUCUUGAUUAAGGUGAGUGCCCUAGAUAAAUGUGGAACGAGUUGUACUCUGAACGCCUUGUGUGUUAAGGAGAUCAAUUCGUUCUGAAUGAAAGGUGAUUUAUUAUCAGUCUUAUUAGGGUUUUCAGUCAGUCAAGGAUUCGAGUGCAAACCUUCAUUACCUUUUAUUCCAUUUAAAUGAAUUGUGAACUUCUGGUGUGUGAAA